UUUAUACUCAUUCAUUACACCGUGACACUUUUGUGAUCGAUUUACUCACUCGAUGUUUCACCUCAUCCAUUUCCGUGAUCCAUUCUAACAAUGCAGUUCCUGCUGCACCUCGAUUCAUUGUUGAGGCAUGUAUCUCUGAACGGAAUGUGAUCACUCUUGUCUGGCAACCGACAUCCCCGACGGUGAUCACAAAGUACACUCUGGAGUUGGAUGAUGGAGCGAACGGGAACUUUCGUAAGGUCUACCGAGGACCGGAGACGAUAUGCACUGUGGAGGGACUACAUUUCCGCUCCGUCUAUCGUGCUCGAGUGAAAGCGCACAAUGCGGCCGGAGAGAGUCUGUACAGCGAGAGACUCUGUCUUCAAACUUCCGAUCAUAUCCUUCUGACAAACGGAAAUCGGACGGUCACCAGUCAGAUUAAUGAGGAUCGUGUGAUUCUCGGCUCUACUGGUCUGUCUCGUGGGGUACAUUAUUGGGAAUUCACUGUCGACCGAUGCGACCCCGGAGGACAGCCGGCAUUUGGCAUUGCUCGAGUGGACUGUAACAAAGAAAUAAUGCUCGGGUUGGAUAUGCGCAGUUGGUCUGUCUAUUUUGAUCAUAAACGGAGUUGGUUCUUACACAACGGUGAACACUUUGAACGCACAGACGGUGGUGUACGUCCCGGUUCCGUGGUCGGUGUACGACUGGAUUUCAAUCGGGGAAGUUUGUCGUAUUAUUUGAACGAUGAACCGCACGGCCCGAUCGCAUUCACCAACCUUCCAGCCGGUAUCUAUUAUCCGGCUGUGAGCAUCUCCCGUGCCGUGCAACUCACUCUGCACUCAGGCCUGGAAGCCCCGAGUGAAAGUGAAGAGAGUGAUGAGGACAGUUCCGGUGGUGGGACGGGUACAGAAACCACAUCGAUGGCGACCACCGUAUCAAUCCAUCUGGUCCGAAAUCCUGAACAUUUGAGUCCAUUUAUGUGCACUGUGCACUGUCGAUUUAGUAGUAGUGGUUGUGGUGAUGACGAUGGUGGUGAUGCUGGUGAUGAUGGUGGUGAUAAUGACGAUGGUGGUGGUGGUGAUGAUGGUGGUGGUGGUUGUGGUGGUGGUGGUGGUGGUGGUGAUGAUCAUCGGCAGUACGCAAUUUGA